GGUUCGCUGCGGAGAUCCCGCUGCCUCGGCUCUCACGACUAAUCGGAGGACUGGUGUGGACGGCGAGAGGCGACGGGCGGCCAGUUGUAAUGCGUUCAAAUACAUGACGGGAGCGGGAGACAUUACAUGUACACGCAUCGCGCGCACAAUUCACCGCAACGCGAACGCUGGCGGAGGAAGACGCCGGGACGAGGACAACGCCAGCCUUACUGAUGGAACUCCCGGUCGUUGCUAGAUGGAGAAACCGAAAGGGUGGACUAGUUAUUAAUUAUUAAAAAGAAUAACAUCUGCUGCUAUAAUUUAAAAAAAGGAAGAUGCAUCUGCAUCAGGUGCUGACGGGAGCUGUGAACCCCGGAGACUGCUGCUACUCGGUGGGGAGCGUAAACGACAUUCCUUUCACGGCCUAUGGCUCGGGUUGUGAUGUUGUGAUCCUGGCCACCGACUUCGACUGUGUGCAGAUUAUCCCCGGGGCUCAGAAUGGAAACAUACAGGUGGGCUGUGUGGAGUGCUCCCACCAGCUCGGCAGGAUUGCUGCUUCUUACGGAAACACAGUCUGCGUCUUCGAGCCGCUUUCCACCAACCCGAACAAACGGCACAAGCAGCUUAACUAUCAGUGGCAAAAGACAGGACAGUUCUUCCUCGAAGCCAUCACCUACAACCUGGCCUGGGACCCACAAGGGAACCGCAUCCUGGCGGCAACCGAGCGGCUCCAGCUGUGGGCUCCGCCGGUGGCGUACGCCCUGAUAGAGGAGGAGGACGCACAGUUGAACGAGGACAAGGCCUACCCUGUCCUUAACGACUGGAACUGUGUCUGGCAGUGCAAGACUGCAGCAUCUGUUCACAUUGCCAAGUGGUCUCCUGAUGGCGAGUACUUUGCAACAGUCGGAAAGGAUGACUGUUUGCUUAAGGUGUGGUAUCCCACCACGGGCUGGCGUUCUGCAGUGGUGGUCCACGACCCGUCCGACAAAAGGCCUCCUCCUGUUCACUUCUCCUUCGUUUACCUGGCUCAUCCUCGCUCUGUUACGGGUAUGUCCUGGAGGAGGACCAGCAAGUACAUGCCCAAGGGUUCGGUGUGCAAUGUGAUGCUGACUUCCUGCGAGGAUGGUGUGUGUAGGAUGUGGUCAGAGACCCUGCUCCCGGAAGACAGCCUGCUGGGUGGACAGAUCUCUGAGAACAUACACUCCACCAGCUCCAGCCUGCCGGGACUGGCCGGAAAUAAGGACAAGAUCCAGCAUGCUUUGGAGUCCAUCCAUCACCUGAAGCAUCUGCGGCGAGGCCGGCGGCGAUCCUCCUCUUUGGUGGCUCACAGUGAGCUGCUGCCCUCACAGCUCGGCACGCAGGACGCACACACUCACCGGCACAUCGCCCAUCACGCCAAUGCCCUGUGUCACUUCCAUAUCUCCGCUAGUAUUAACCCCAACACAGACAUCCCAUCAGCGCUGGCUGACUCUGCAGUUUUCAACCCGGACGAUGGCACCGGUGGCGGAGGGUUCGUUGUUCACUGGCUCAACAAUAAGGACCUCAGCUUCACAACCUCCAUGGACCUCUUUAUGCUGCAGCUCCGUAAAUUCUCUGAACAGCACGUGGACCAGACGACUGAGGACCCCCUGGACCCCGAGGGAUCCACUAUCAAGUUUGACUUUGACCUGGACGAGAUGUCCGACAAAGCGUCCUCUGAGCAAGGAGAGGAGGGGGAGCCCGGGGAGCAGGGAAGCACUAAGGCGUCCUCCCCGGGAUCCAACUCCAGCAUGCCUUUGCCCUCCAUGCUGCUGGAGAGGAAGAUGGAGACUCUUAUCACAGAGUGGAACAAAAGCCCAGACAUGUUGUUCACCAUUCAUCCUAACGAUGGGUCCUUCCUGGUUUGGCAUGUGAAGUAUCUGGACGAAUUCAACCAGGGAAUCUUCAGACAGGUUCAGGUGUCCUUCUCCUCCCGUAUUCCAGUGGCGUUUCCUACAGGUGAUGCCAACUCCCUGAGUAAAAACAUCCUGAUGUACGCCUGCACUUUGACUGAGGGUGCCAGCGCCGAGGAGCAGGGCAGGAUGGUUCAACGCGUCUCCCACUCUGCUUCAGCCUCGGCCAGCCUCGGUUCAAAUGCAUUGGCCGCCUCUCUGAACCCUCGGCCCGGCAUCAGUCCCGCUGUCAUGAUGGUCUCCAAACACGUUGAUGGAUCUCUCAACCAGUGGGCAGUGACAUUUGCAGAGCGCUCCGCCUUCUCCAACGUAAUGAACGUGUCGCACAAGUUCCGGUACUGCGGCCACCGCUUCCAUCUGAACGACCAAGCCUGCCACACAGUGCUGCCGCUGCUGCUGACCUCUUCUCACCACAAUGCACUACUCACCCCUCCCUCGGCCCCUAGCAGCCUGGAAGGAGAGCAGCCUCCUACCUUUUCACUAGCAAAGGGACCUUUCAGUAACAGGAAGCAGCUUCGUAAUGCAGCUACGAGGACCUUCCACGACCCCAACGCCAUCUACAGUGAACUUAUCCUGUGGAGGGUGGACCACAUUGGACCCCUUUCCUGCACUGGAGGGGUCUCCGAGCUGGCCCGCAUUAACUCUCUGCACACCUCAGCCUUCAGCAAUGUUGCUUGGCUACCUACACUAGUACCCAGCUCUGUACUUGGAACUUACUGUAACAGCGCCAGCGCCUGCUUCGUGGCGUCAGAUGGGAAAAACCUCCGUCUCUAUCAAGCUGUGGUGGAUGCCAGAAAACUACUGGAUGAGCUGUCAGACCCUGAAACGUCUAAACUGGUGGGCGAAGUGUUCAACAUCGUCAGCCAGCAGUCCACUGCCAGACCCGGCUGUAUCAUAGAGUUGGACGUCAUUACAAAUCAGUGUGGCGCCAACACCCAGCUGCUGCACGUCUUCCAAGAGGACUUCAUUCUAGGUUACAAGCCUCAGACGGAACCAGAGGCAUUCCCACCAGCCUUUCCAUGUGGCGAAGAUUACCAACCGGCCCCGUUCUCUGAGAAGUUCUUCCUGGUGGUGAUUGAAAAGGAUCUCAACAGGAACUCUGUCCUGCAGAUGUGGCACCUGCACCUGAAGUCUGUGCAGGCCUGUGUUGAUGAGCGCAGCCCAGAUAGCAGCUUCCAGAGCGAGCUGAUGGUUCCCAAUCAAGCUGUGAAUGCUGACUCGUCUCCAGAGACCUCGCCGAUCAGGCCUCUGCCUCGGUCGGCCUCCACAGCCAAUUUGCAAUCAGCCAGCAAACUCAUCCUCAGCUCCAAGCUGGUGUACAGCAAGCGGCUGGACCUGCCCCACGGGGUGGAGGUCACCAGGGCCACCCCCUCUGCAGGUCAUCUGAGCUCCUCUUCCAUCUACCCCGUGUGCCUGGCUCCGUACCUGAUCGUCACCACCUGCUCUGACUCUCGAGUGCGGUUCUGGCACUGUGCCGUGGAGGGUGACGACGGGUAUAGCGAGGAUGACCGGGACACCCGCUGCUACCGCUGGGAGCCCUGGGCCCUGAUGAACGAGGAGGAGGACAACAACAGCGCUGUGUGUGUGUCCGGACGGCCUGUAGCGGUGUCCUGCUCCUACAUCGGCAGGCUCGCCAUUGCCUUUAAAAAGCCUCGGCAAGGGCAGCUGCAGGGCUCUGCAGAGGACUUCUCCAUGCACGUGUCCAUCUAUGAGUGUGAAUCUACUGGCGGCUCAGAGUGGGUUUUAGAGCAAACUCUCCACCUGGACGACUUCACCAGACCCUCGUCGACCCUGGAUCCGAGAGUCAGCGUGGACUCCAACCUCUUUGUGUACAGCAGGUCUGACCUGUACAUGAGCAGAGACCACAGCUCCCCCAACAUUAAGCACUACGUUCACUUGGACUGGCUGUCAAAGGAGGACGGAUCUCACAUCCUCACCGUGGGAGUGGGGUCCAACAUCCUCAUGUACGGCCGUAUCUCCGGCGUGAUCAACGAGCCGAUAAGCAGCAAGGACGGCGUGGCGGUCAUCACCCUUCCCCUAGGGGGCAGUAUUAAACAGGGCAUCCGCUCGCGCUGGAUCCUGCUACGGGCCGUGGACGUGCUGUCCUCCGUGGACGGCACCCCGUCUCUGCCAGUUUCCCUGUCCUGGGUGAGGGAUGGCAUCCUGGUGGUGGGCAUGGACUGUGAAAUGCACGUGUAUGCCCAGUGGCAUCAGGACAAGAAGCCCGGAGAGGGAGAGGAGGGCAACCUGUCGUCCGCAGACAUUGCUGGAGGUCAAAGCGCAGGUUCCUCCUCGGCUUUUGAAGGCAGAUCCAGGUCUAAGAGUGUGUUCGAAGGAGGCGUCGCGGUGGAUGAGGCCCUUCGUGCCCCGGCGGGACUUCAGGAAGGGGGACUGUUUGAAGCGGCUCACUCCCUGUCUCCGACUCUACCCCAGUACCAUCCCACCCAGCUGCUGGAACUCAUGGACCUGGGCAAGGUUCGCCGUGCCAAGGCCAUACUUGCUCACCUGGUGAAGUGCAUUGCCGGGGAAGUCGCUGUGGUGAGGGAUGUUGAGGCAGGUGAGGGCGGAGCCAGGAGACAUCUGUCCCGCACUAUCAGCGUGACCGGCAGCACAGCUAAAGACACCAUUGUGGCCGGCCGCGACGGGGGGAGGGACUACACAGAGAUCAACUCCAUCCCUCCGCUGCCCCUCUAUUCCCUCAUGUUGGCUGACCUAGACACCUCGUACAAGGGAGCGGAAGAGGGCGCCAAGGGAGCUAAGGUGGAUAGUGAUGGAUCCCAGAAGUCAGCAGAGGACCAGUAUUCCGACCUCUUCCAGGUCCAAUCCGUUACCACAGAUGAUUAUCUGUCCUUUGCCACCGACAAGCCAGAGAAGAAGUCUCGAGUUAUCAACCUCUCCCAAUAUGGGCCGACCUACUUUGGCCCUGAGCAUGCUCAGGUUUUAUCCAGUCACCUCAUGCACUCAAGCCUACCAGGACUGACCAGGCUAGAGCAGAUGUUCUUGGUGGCCUUGGCCGAUACUGUUGCAACCACCAGUGCUGAGGUCACCAGCUCCACUGACCAGAAGUGCACAGGCGGUGAGGCCCUCGACGAGUGUGGCCUGAGGUACCUGUUGGCCAUGCGUCUUCACACCUGCCUGCUCACCUCUCUGCCCCCCCUCUACCGCAUGCAGCUGCUCCACCAGGGCCUAUCAACAUGCCACUUUGCAUGGGCCUUCCACUCUGAGGCCGAAGAGGAGCUGCUCAACAUGAUCCCGGCCAUGCAGAGAGGCGACCUGCAGUGGUCUGAGCUCAAAGCUGUCGGAGUGGGUUGGUGGGUUCGUAACAUCAACACUCUGCGGAAAAUGGUGGAAAAGUUAGGUAAAGCUGCGUUCCAGAAACACAACGAUCCUUUAGAUGCUGCGCUUUUCUACCUGGCCAUGAAGAAGAAAGCUGUGCUGUGGGGGCUCUUCAGGUCUCAGCAUGAUGAGAAGAUGACUCAGUUCUUCAAGAACAACUUCAGUGAAGACCGCUGGCGAAAGGCAGCUUUGAAAAAUGCUUUCUCCCUGCUGGGGAAGCAGCGCUUUGAACAGUCCGCUGCCUUUUUCCUACUGGCUGGAUCACUCAAAGACGCCAUUGAGGUUUUGUUGGAGAAGAUGGAGGACCUCCAGUUGGCCAUGAUAGUGGCAAGGCUGUACGAGGCUGACUUUGAGAACUCCUCCACCUGCCAAGGCCUCCUUUACGAGAAGGUCCUGGGUUGUAACAGGGACGGAAGCGGUUACCACUGUUCCAGGCUUCACCCGGACCCGUUCCUCCGCAGCAUAGCCUACUGGAUCAUGAAGGAUUACACGCGAGCUCUGGACACACUGCUGGAACGAAUCCCCAAAGAUGGUGAUGAAAACCCUGAUGUGACGGUGAAAGCUUGCAACCCCGUGGUGUUUAGUUUCUAUAACUACCUGAGGACGCACCCUUUGAUUAUCCGUCGCCACUUCGCGAACCCGGAGGCCACAGCGACAACUGUGGGCUUCACCGCCGAGAAGAACAGCGCCGUUGAGAUCAACCUCAUCGAGCGCAAACUGUUCUUCACCACUGCCAAUGCACACUUCAAGGUGGGCUGCCCAGUUCUGGCUCUGGAAGUGCUCUCAAAGAUUCCCAAAGUUACCAAGAAAUCUAGUUCCUUACCUCUCAGGAAAGCAUCAUCCAAAGGAAACGUAAGCUCAAACAAACUCCUGGAAAAUGGCACCCAGGGAGGCGUGGAAUGGGGCGCCCCCGCAGCCCCUGUGCAUGCGUGGGGAGCAAACGAUAGUGUGGGGGGGUUGGACUGGAGCCAGCCUCUGGUGAAGGUGGAGGAGGACGAGCUGAAGCUGGACUGGGACCAGGACAAGGAAGAUGAUGAUGAGGAGGAAGAGGAGGAUGGUCUGACCAUGAAGAAACCAGAGGCUGAGACCAAAGUCGAAGGAGGCUCAGAGAGUGACGACUCCAAACUAAAGAAGGAGGAGUCACAGAGUGAGUCGGAGGUGGACGUGAUAGCGGAGCAGCUGAAGUUCCGCGCCUGUCUGAAGAUCCUGAUGACCGAGCUGCGUACGCUGGCCACAGGCUUCGAGGUGGACGGAGGGAAGCUCCGCUUUCAGCUUUACAGUUGGCUGGAGAAGGAGAUAGCUGCCAUGCAUACCAUCUGCAACUACAAGGUGGAAGGGAAGGACGAAGAUUCCGAGGUGGAGCGCUGGAGAGCGCGCACGGCAUCAGUGGACAUAUCGGACGACGCCCUGGAGCGCACGGAAGCCGGGGCGUACGAGCGUCACCAGAUGGAGCGGCGGCGUCUCCAGGCCAAGCAGCAGCACUCUGAGAGGCGCAAGGCGUGGCUGAGGAAGAACCAGGCCCUGCUGAGGGUGUUUCUGUCCUACUGUAGCCUUCACGGAGCCAAGGGGGGAGGAGUCACGUCCGUUCGCAUGGAGCUUCUGUUCCUUUUGCAGGAGAGCCAGCAGGAGACCACGGUUAAGCAGCUGCAGUCUCCUCUGCCUCUGCCUACUACGCUGCCGCUGCUAUCGGCGUGCAUCGCAACCACCAAGACGGUCAUCGCCAACCCAGUUCUCCACCUCAGCAACCACAUUCACGACAUCCUCCACACCAUCACCCUCCUGGAGACCACGCCGCAUCCCGACAUCAUGGAUGAUCGGGUGAAUGCUCUUCAUACACUGGCAGCAUCUCUUUCUGCUUGCGUCUAUCAGGCACUGUGUGACAGCCACAGCUACAGCAGCCAGACGGAGGCCAACCAGUUUACAGGGAUGGUGUACCAGGGCCUGCUGCUCAGUGCGAGGAAGCGACUUCGCACGGAGAGCAUCGAAGAACACGUGACUCCUAACUCCGCUCCUGCACAGUGGCCAGGUGUGUCGUCCCUGAUCUCGCUGUUGACGUCUGCCAGGGAGGCGGACCAGCCGAGGCUCAACGUGCUGCUGUGUGAAGGGGUCAUGGCGGUUUAUCUCGCGCUGCUCAUUCACGGCCUGGGCACCCACAGCAGCAAUGAACUCUUCCGCCUGGCAGCGCACCCGCUCAACAACCGCAUGUGGGCCGCUGUCUUUGGGGGAGGGGCCAGACUCAUUAUUAAGCCAAAGAGAACUGAGGCCCCACCAGUGCCCGCUGAUUUUGAGGCAGCCAGGCCAGAGGACUCUCAAGAGGCAGGAAGACCUGAGCAGAACAGCCCCACCCCAAACCCCACUCACACCCCCACUGAAACGCUGUGUCCCAAACGACCCCCUCCUCCCGUUUCAAGGGGAGAGGGUUUAGGCACUGUGGCUCCAGCAACUAAGACCGGCUCGGCUCCCCCUCAGGUGCCAGCGGAGGACGGGGACCGCUACCGACGCAGGUUCAACAUGAGGAUGCUCGUUCCCGGACGUCCUGUGAAGGAGACCCCAGCCACCCCCCCUCCGGUGCCCCCGGAGAGGCCCGCGUACAGGGAGAAGUUCAUUCCCCCGGAGCUGAGCAUGUGGGACUACUUUGUGGCCAAACCCUUCCUGCCGCUGUCGGACAGCAAUGCUCUGUGUGACUCGGACGAAAGCGGCGCGGAGGAGGACGAAGACGACGACGACGCCUUCCUCUCUGACACGCAGAUGACGGAGCACUCCGACCCCAACUCCUACAGCUGGGCUCUGAUCCGCCUGGCGAUGGUGAAACUGGCCCAUCACAACGUCAAGAACUUCCUCCCCAUCACCGGCCUUGACUUUGCAGAGUUGCCAGUCGUCUCCCCUCUCAGCAACGCCGUGUUGAAGACGUUAGAGCACUGGGAGCAGCUUCUGCUGGAGAGGAUGAACAAGUUUGACGGCCCGCCCCCCAACUACAUCAACACUUACCCCACCGACCUCAGCGCAGGAGGGGGCCCAGCCAUACUCCGACACAAGGCCAUGCUGGAGCCAGACAACACACCCUUCAAGACAAAGAACACUCAGUCGUUUCCAGCCCGACGUCUUUGGCACUUCCUGGUCAAACAGGAAGUUCUUCAGGAGACGUUGAUCCGUUACAUCUUUACCAAGAAAAGGAAGCAGUGUGAGUCUGUAGAGAACCACAUGGACCGUAUAAACCCAAACUGCAUAGCAGGAGCUAGCGGCCCCUAUAAGGUGGAAGCAGAUCUGGGCUACCCCGGAGGAAAGGCUCGAAUCAUUCAUAAAGAGUCGGAUAUAAUCAUGGCAUUUGCCAUCAAUAAGUCCAACUCCAACGAGAUAGUGUUGGCCUCCACUCAUGAUGUCCAGGAAGUGGACGUGUCAACGCUGGUGGCUGUGCAGCCCUUCACCUGGAUAGGGGACGAAUUUGAUAAGGAGUCCCGCAGCUCUGACGACAUGGACCAUCGCUCUUCUCACACCAACAUUGCCCAGGCCAGCUCUGCCCCCUUCGCACCCCCACAGAUGCAGGUCUCUGCGUCCAUGCCGUGGCUCGGCAGUGGGCAGACCAGCAUGGGGGCCAGCGUGAUUAUGAAGAGGAAUCUAAACAACGUUAAGAGAAUGACAUCCCAUCCUAUAUAUCAGUAUUACAUGACAGGGGCUCAGGAUGGCAGUGUGAGAAUGUUUGAAUGGAACAGACCUCAACAGCUCAUUUGCUUCAGACAAGCAGGCAACGCCCGAGUCACCCGACUCUAUUUCAACUCCCAGGGCAAUAAGUGUGGAGUCGCUGACGGAGAGGGCUUCCUCAGUCUCUGGCAGGUCAACCAGACAUCCUCCAACCCCAAACCCUACCUGAGUUGGCAGUGCCACAGUAAGACCUGUGGUGAUUUCGACUUCAUCACCUCCUCCAGCCUCAUAGCCACCGCCGGACAGUCCAACGAUAACAGGAAUGUUUGCCUGUGGGAUACUCUGGUUUCACCAAGCAAUACCAUGGUCCACGCGUUCCCUUGCCAUGAGAACGGGGCCACUGUGCUGCAGUACGCUGCCAAACAGCAGCUGCUCAUCACUGGAGGCAGGAAGGGCUUUGUGUGCGUGUUUGACAUCCGCCAGAGGCAGCUGCUGCACACUUUCCAGGCCCAUGACUCCGCCAUCAAGGCCCUCGCACUGGACGCCUUCGAGGACUUCUUUGUCACUGGCUCUGCAGAGGGCAACGUGAAGGUGUGGAAGUUGGCCGGCCACGGGCUCAUGCACUCUUUCAGCACGGAGCAUGCCAAGCAGUCCAUCUUCCGCAACAUCGGCAACGGUGUCAUGAAGGUGGAAACGCGGCCCGGCAACCGCAUCUUCACCUGCGGAGCGGACGGCACGCUGAAGAUGAGGGUGCUGCCCGACCGCUACAACAUCCCCAGCAGCUUGGUGGACGUCCUGUAACGCCGGCUUCCACUCCGGACGGUCCAGAGAGACGGAACGGAACAAAAACACAAAGAGCUUACACUUGCUAUUGAGAGUUUAAUGGAUAGGGGGAAGAGUUAGUCAAAAGUCCUCCGGGCCUUUUGGCAUCUUUCAGAGUGUUCAUGGGUUUACUGUUGAUGUAAAUUAUUAUCGACAAUGGGGGGGGAAAUGGGGCUGAAAGCGUUUCUUUAUUUAUUUUUUUCCCCCGAAGGCUGAAGGCAAAGUCUCGAGCAAAAGGUAUCAUACUUGAUUUUAAAGCUAAAUUCAUUGUAAUUUUAUUGAAGAGUCUCUGC